AACCUUCAGGUGUUUGAAGUUUGGGUUUUGUGUUUGAUUAUCUGAAGCUGUUGAAAUUUAAGUUUUUUGGUGAGAUCUACCCCUCUGUGAAAUUUAAGUUUUGGGUUUUGAUUGUGCUCCAGAUGGAGCAUGUGAAGGUACUCAGCUCAUCGAUCAGUGCCUUUACCAUGCGCGUUUUGAUUGGUCUUGAAGAGAAAGGUGUGAAAUAUGAAUACCAAGAAGAGAACCUGCUAGCAAAGAAGAGCGACCUCCUCUUGCAAAUGAAUCCCGUAUACAAGAAAGUACCUGUCCUCAUCCACAAUGGCAAGCCCAUAUGCGAGUCUCUCAUUAUUCUUCAGUACAUUGACGAGACCUGGGAUUCAAAGCCGCUUUUACCCUCUAAGCCAUACGACCGUGCCAUUGCUCGCUUUUGGGCUGACUUCGCAGAUAAGAAGUUUUUUGACUCGGGAGUUCGUAUAGUUAAGUCGAAAGAUGAGGCUCUUGAAGAAGCCAAGCAUGACAUGUUGGAAAGUCUUCAAUUUUUAGAGGGCGCAUUGAAAGAGAUAUCCGCAGAGGGAUCCCUGCCUUUCUUCGGUGGAAAGGAUUUUGGGUUCCUGGAUAUCGCCCUCAUUUCCUUUGCCUCUUGGUUCCAUGCUUAUGAGAGUAUUGGGAAUUUCAAGAUACCAUUUGAGAGUGAAUAUCCAUUGCUUGAUGCGUGGGUUAAGAGAUGUAUGGAGAGGGACAGUGUCAAGAAAGCCCUUCCGCCUGCUGAUCGAGUUCUAGAGUUCGCGUUACAAGUUAGGAAAAUCUAUGACGUUGAUUAAAUUGAUUGCAUGCACCAUUUGGGUAUUCAUUAGAUAAGUCUAUCCUCUAUUAUAG